AUGGACACCCUGCGUGAGACCUUCCUCAGCCUGGAAGAUGGCUUGGGCUCCUCCGACAGCGCCAGCCUGCUGUCCUCCUGGGACUGGAAAGACCGGGUGGGACCCUUUGAGCUGAACCAGGCCUCUCCCACCCAGAGCCUCUCCCCGGCUCCAUCGCUGGAGUCCUGCUCUUCCUCUCCGGGUCCAGCGGUGGCCGGGCUGUCCUGUGGGCGUGGAGGUGCCAGCAGUGGGGGCAGCCAGGACUGCAGUGGCCUUGGGACCGGUGGCCUGGUGGAGGUAGACUACAAUAUGUUAGCUUUCCAGCCCGCUUAUCUGCAGGGCGCUGGUGGCCCCAAGGCCCAGAGGGGCACCAAGGUCAGGAUGUCGGUCCAGCGGAGACGGAAGGCCAGCGAGAGGGAGAAGCUCCGGAUGAGGACCUUGGCAGACGCCCUGCACACCCUCCGGAAUUACCUGCCGCCCGUCUACAGCCAGAGGGGCCAGCCACUCACCAAGAUCCAGACGCUGAAGUACACCAUCAAGUACAUCGGAGAACUCACAGAUCUUCUCAACGGCGGCCGAGAGCCUCGGCCCCAGAGCGCCUGA